AUGCCGCCCCGCAAUCCUCGAUCUACCGACCGCUCGAAACCCCCUCCCACAGACUACAACACCAUCGCCGCACAAUUCGCAGCAGCCAAGCGCCGACAGCAGGCUGAGGGGGUCAAUGAGAAGAAUGAGGACACAGCUGAGGAGAAUCAGCGCGCCAGUGCCCUCAAGAGACAACGUGCAGCCCUCGAAUUGCGUCGGAAGGCCGCAUACGAGCGACGUUGGAGGUGGACAGUCGGCUUCUGGGUCUGGAUGCUGUGCAUACACGCCAUUGGCAUAGCAUAUUUCACGUCUGGAUUCCUUCUGACGCGCCUUGUUCUCGACGAGAAGUCCAACUGCACUAUCAAUCCCGUAGAGGCCACGACGACAGGAGAUCUGAGUGUGUUGUCGGACUGGACGGGCCGGGGUACAGUCGAGGGUGGAUGCUGGCACCCCAAGACGUUUGAGCGGGCAGUGGUGGUCAUCAUCGACGCAUUGCGAUAUGACUUUACCGUGCCGGUGGAGGACGAUGCCGAAUUCCACAAUGCCUUUCCCUUUAUGUACGAGACCGCUUUGAACUCUCCAAAUCAUGCCUUCCUGCGGCCCUUCAUUGCAGACCCGCCGACAGCGACCAUGCAGAGGCUGAAGGGGCUGACGACCGGAACGUUGCCGACGUUCAUCGAUAUCGGAAGCAGCUUUGCGGGUACGGCCAUCGAGGAAGACAACCUGCUCAUACAAUUACGGGACGCCGGGAAGAAGAUUGUUCACCUUGGAGAUGAUACCUGGGAAGCCUUAUUUCCUGGAUAUUUCGAGCCCAAUAUUAGCAGGGCUUACGACAGUUUCAAUGUCUGGGACCUCCACUCUGUUGACAAUGGUGUCCUGGAGCAUAUCUUUCCGCUUGUGACGCCGGAAAGAAAGGGAGAGUGGGAUUUGCUCAUUGGACAUCUGCUGGGCGUUGAUCACGCUGGCCACCGCUACGGUCCUGCCCAUAGUGCCAUGACGGCCAAGCUCCGUCAGAUGGACGGUUUCAUCCGAGAUCUGACCGAGAAAAUAGACGACGACACGGUUCUGAUCGUAAUGGGUGACCAUGGCAUGGACCCCAAAGGUGACCACGGCGGCGAGAGCGAUGAUGAGAUCGAGGCUGCUCUAUGGAUGUACUCCAAGAAGCCUGUUUUUGGCCGGACGAGACCCGAAUUCGUCAUCCCUCCGUCCACAGCCAAAACCAGGCCCGUCAAUCAGAUUGACCUUGUCCCGACUCUGGCUCUAUUGCUCGGCAUCCCCAUCCCUUACAAUAACCUGGGCGCGCCUAUCGAGGAGGCCUUUGCUGGCAAAAAGGGCGACGCUUGGAAUUCUCUGGCAUCUGCGGUGCGCGUCGCGGCUUCUGGGAUUCAGCGAUAUCAGGCAUCCUAUUUUGCGGCCCGGGGAAUCGACCAAAAGAUCGAGGCCGGGUCGCCUAAUGAGUUCUUCCAAGGCGCCGAGAAGGUGUUGAGAGACCAUUCUUGGGGCAGAUCCUACGAGACGGUAUACUCUGCUUUCAGGGACUACCAGGAGGAAAACCUGAAAGUGUGCAAGAGCCUAUGGGCCAGAUUCGAUGUCCCUAACAUGAUCAUCGGCUUGGUGAUUACUGGCCUGGGCCUGCUUGCACUGGUCAUAUAUAUCACCAGGGAUGACGACGACGAUCUCGCCGAGUUGGACGACUUCGAGCUGGAUAUGGCAGAGCAGAAGCUGGAGGUCGAAGACGGCAAGGCGGAUCUGGAUAUGCCCUCGUAUCAGACGUCCCCCAAGACAGCUGUCAAAGCUGCUCUGGCCGGUGCUGUUCCAGGCGGUGUGCUGGGCACCACCUACGCCGCCUUCACGAAGGCGGAUGACUACCGUCUCGGUGCUGCCUCGGCUGGACUUGCAAGCACAGCGAUGGUCAUAAUAGCACUAUUGAGAAAACGUUUCGUCGUCCCGUUUCCAUCCAACAUUUGGGGCUGGCUGGCAGCCACUUUCACAAUAAGCCAGUCUAUUGGCUUCGCUUCCAACUCGUACACCAUUUGGGAAGACUCCAUUCUCCUCUUCUUUGUCACCACAUUUGGCCUGGCAAACGCAUUGGCCGCCUUGAACAUCGAACACAAGCAAAACCGCUACCUCGCCAUCUACCACUCAAUCCUGUUUGUCGUACUCGGACGUGUCGCUUCUUUUUCGAAACUCUGUCGUGACGAGCAGUACCCUUUCUGCAAGACCACUUAUUACGCAUCUUCAACGUCUUCGACGUCGGCACCAUGGCACCUGGUUAUCCCGUUUGCCGUCUUCGCUAUUCUCCCUUCGAUCAUCAAAGCGUACUAUAUACCCACACGAUCCUAUCAUGGCCUGGCGCCCACAUGGAUCAGCUACGCACUUCGUAUCACUCUGUUCCUGUCAGCAGUGUACUGGACCAUAGACACAGCAGACAGCGCGAACUGGAUUUCUUCCUUGCCCGCAGGCAUCCUCAAAUACAUGAGCGUGUACACUGCGCAACUCGCCCUUGGAAUCGCCCUCGUCGCAGGUGUCACCGCAUUCAUCUGGGCUCCUCCAUGUAUCAACAUCAUCACGACAUCUGCAGACCCCAAGAGAGCACAGAUCGUGGUCCUGGGCUACGGCAACGCCAAUGGUGCGCGGUACCUUCUGCUCCCCAUCAAUAUCAUGGCCGCCUGUAUCCUACUUUCCAAGCCUAUGGGCGGCGGCGCCAUUGCCCUCAUGAUGUGGCAGGUAUUGUCUCUCGUGGAGCUCCUCGACCUCAACGACAUCGCCGGUGAGACCAUCGGCCCCGUGAUGCUAGGCCUGCUGGGCAACUUCCACUAUUUCAAGACGGGUCACCAGGCCCUAUUCAGCAGCAUCCAGUGGGACGCAGCAUUCAUUCCGCUGUUCACGCUGCGAUACCCGUGGAGCCCGCUGGUGGUUGCCAUGAACCACCUUGCGGGGCAAAUACUCGCUGCGGCGUGUGUGCCACUGGUUGUAUUGUGGAAGACGGGGCCGAAGCGCAAGGGCGUGCUGGAGGGCGUCAGUCGAGCGCUGGGUGUGUUUGUGACAUUUUUUGCCGUGGAGAGCUUGGCGACCAUGGCCUGGGCCGGGUACCUGCGGCGGCAUCUCAUGCUGUACCGGGUGUUUUGCCCGCGUUUCAUGAUGGCUGCCCUGGUGCUGUUGGUCGUAGAUCUCGUGGGGAUCUUGGUGGCGCUUACAGGAGUCAGGAUCAAUACUCUGGCCAUCGGGGAGGCGUUUGGCCUGGCUGAUUAG